UGUAGGCUAACAUGUCUCAGCGUUGGUAGCCACUCAGCUCCAGUGUUUCACAGUUACUGGAGUAGUUUACACAGGAUUACUAGGGGAUAAUCCAUUUACAGUAUUUAGAGACAUUAUUCGCCAUCUGCCUUGUAUUUAUCUCAGCGAGGGAGCUGUUAUUACCAGCGACCGACCCACUGAGAGCAAACAGCCCCGUAAUGUCAAGAAGGAACUGUCGCGGGAAAAUAAUWUAAAGAGAUGGUGAUUAGAAGAAUCUAAGGAUGUUUGAACCUUGAGCUUGUCUUUGCUGCCUAAAGCUAUUUUAUUCAAGACUAAAAAGUUUUUUUUUAUAAAGCAUUUCUUGCCUUAAUGCAACCACUGUACCAGCAGAUCCUCAGACAUUGUCUGCCUUUUCAACUUUUGUCCAGGUGUUUUCCUUUAGCAGUGAAUAACCUCUUUCCCUGCUUCUCAGAGAUUUUUAAAAAAACUUAAUUCUAAGAUGAUGCGGCCAGACAACAAAGGUCGAAGUGCCUCUCCUCACAGGAUAACAUACAAAUCUGACUUUCAUGCCAUCAAAUGCUCUUUUGACACUGGGGUUAGUCUAGAGSCAAGGAGCAAAGCAUCCACAGUGCAUCCAAACAUGCUUCUAUCCAACUUGACUGAUUCCAUAGUGUCCAGCACCAGUGGCAGUCGGGGUCGAAUUCAAAGCGCCAGAGGGGCCAAACUCCGAGAGAACAUUUUCCUUCAAAUGGACUGUCAACAGCCAAGGCGAGGUGGUGUUCCAGCCCUGAGUUCUUGCUCAACACCUUUCCUUCCUCCUCCAAAUCCUAGCUUCCAGCUCUACAGUUCCCCUUUCUCCAGAUCCAGACACACACUUGUCAGCUCUUCUUCYGUCAUGAGCAGUGUGACCAACAUUUCUUCCUCAGAAACACCACUGCGAGGCAAAUCUUCCAGAGCGGAGGAAAUGGGAGAACUUGAUAGAGUCGCUCUGGCUCAGAGGUUUUCUGUUGCCCGAAAGUUGUUUGAGACCAAGAUGAUGGAGGGUGGAAGCAGUAGCGGGCAGGUUUUAAGACCUCUGAUUGGCAGGGGAAAUGUGGAGGGUACAGAUGGGACGAGAGAGAAGGAGCAGGGGUCAAGUGGGAACGUGAGGUGCGUAGAAGAUGAGUCUGAUAAGAAUAAAACCGUAAACCACAUUUUAAAUGUUUCCAAACCCAAGUCUUGUUUAGCGGCGGCGCCAGCAAGGUACUCUAAAUCUUCUGCACCAAACGGCCCCGGAGAAGUUCAUGACAGAUGUGAUCAAACCACAGAUKUACUAACUGAGGUCGAGAGGAGAGACGAAGCAACGCCUGACUCCUGCUCGACCCCUGAGCGAACGCUGAGGGCAGAACUCGUCGAUGUUGAGAACGAGUCUUCGGAGAGCGACGAGAACGAGGAAGAGAGGGUGUGGACAGAGGUGGACACACGGUGGACAAAGAGUCCGGACAGAGCCGAAGGAAGACGCCUGGUGGCUGAGUUAGAUGAUGUCUUUGAGGAGACACUGAGGCUUCUGAAGAGUGUGGAGCUCAGAACAGGAGAAAGCAGUUCGGUCGCUUCKACAGACGACUUGCAAAGAAACCGACUCACUGAGGAUGGAGGAGAAGGAAGAGGAGACAAGUAUGAGCAGGUUAACAAAGAAUGGGAGGGUAAGAGGGAGGAGCAGAGCAGACACCUUACUGCACAAGAUGAGUUAAUGGAAGGAGACGACAUGGAGAAAAAGACACAGUCUGGAUUGGGAGAAGGUGUUAAGCUAGACGGGAUCCUGAGCAGAGAGGUCAACACUAACAAGGAUGUGGAAGGAAAGGUAAAAAGGGAAGGUGGAGACAAUGAGGCAAGGCAAGAAGGUGAGAAAAUGAUGGGAAAAGGAACACCAGAGAACACCACCGAGGAGCUGAAACAUGUGGCAUGCAGAGGAAGUGGUGAGAGAAAGGAUUAUUCUUCAGAAGGUAAAGAGGACCAAACGGUAAUCUCUGGGAUUGAGAACAAAUCUUUUGUGUACGGGUCCCACCCAGAGCUUUCAGGACCAUUAAGACAGAAGGAGGAAAGCUCCCCGCAGAGAGAUGAGCAACUGUUAGUGGAAUACGAGGAAAUUCCUGGUCUGCCUGAGCUGGGGGGUCACGAUGAAGAAGAAUCCAAGGCUGGGAGGAGGAAGGUCAGGUUCUCCACAGCACCAAUCAAGGUGUACAGCAUGCAUUCCAACUCAGAGUACAACAGAACCAAUGAGGAUGUCGACCCAGUGUCUGCUUCUGCUGAGUUUGAGCUGGAAAAGAGAGUGGAAAAAAUGGACGUUUUUCCAGUGGAGAUAGAAAAAGGAGAGGAUGGACUGGGCAUCAGUAUCAUAGGGAUGGGUGUGGGAGCUGAUCAGGGACUGGAAAAACUGGGAAUCUUUGUCAAGACRAUCACGGAAGGAGGAGCAACACACAAGGAUGGACGGAUCCGGGUGAACGAUCAGAUAGUGGAGGUGGAUGGUGAGAGUCUGGUUGGAGUUUCCCAACUKUUUGCAGCCUCCGUUCUCAAGAGCACGUCUGGCUUCGUCAAAUUUUUGAUUGGUCGAGAGAAGGAAGGGGUGGAGAGCGAGGUGGCACGCCUGAUUAAUGAGAGUCUGGAACUGGAAAAAACAAAAACGAGAGAAAGUCGAAGCAGUGGAGAUGAGAACAGCAGCGACAGUGUGUCAGAGAGGGACUCGGUCUUUGAAGAGGAMGACGAGGGUGACGACGAAGAGGAAGACGUGUCUGUUCUGUCCAGUCUGGAAAACUACCAGCUCUGUCUGAAAUACCAGCAGCUUCAGUCAAAAUUUCGAAGCAGAAUAACUCAACUUCACCGCAGCAGAGAGAAGUUAAAGGCCUUGGAGGAGCAGCAGGUCUGCUGGCAGAACCAGAAGGCAGAGCUGAAGCAAAGAGCUCAAGAUGGAGAAGAGAGAGCUGACAAACUAGAGAGUUACUGGCAGGAGGCCCAGACUCUGUGCAGAGUUGUGAGCCAGCGAUUAGCCGAUGCCCAGAGCCAAACGGAGAGCCUGGAGAACAAAUACAGCAAGGCCAAGAGACUGGUCAGAGAGUACCAGAGCAGGGAAGAAGAGAAGGAGCAAGCACUGGUCGAGUUGAGGAGGGAAAUGGAGGAGAAAGAUAAGCAGCACAGGGAGACAGUUGAACAGCUGCAAAUCCAGAUCAGACAGUUAUCAAGAAAAGAGGCUGAUCAUGAGAGAAAGAACCAUUCUGUGGAGUCUUCAGCCACAGACUGGAAUGUUCCAGUUCCUGAUACGAGACGUCUGGACUCCAGCGCUCACAUAGCCAGAGCUCAGCUAGCUCAGAAAUCGAAGCGCCACCCACCCUCACGAGAAAAGCGCAGAGGGAGCUACAAAAUACAGCAGGAAGAAGUUGUCCUUAAGCAGCAGGACAGUCAUUCUCUGCCAGCUUACUCGAUGGUCCUGAGCAACAGGAGUGAUCCGUCCAGCACGUCUUCAGUCCCAACAUUCAGCCCUCAAAGCACCACCAGCUCCCUCCUAACCCCUCCUGUUUUCAUCAGUGACACUGUUACCCCCUCACCCUGCAAAUCCUCAGCUUCCAGAAAAUCCAAAAAGAAGUUUCCAGACUUCAGUGGCCUUCGUAAGUCUUUCAGCAAAACGAGGAUUGAAAAGCGCAGCAGAAGAUUCACCAACAGCAGCACACGUGAUGCUUCAGUACUGCCUCCUGUCAGCAGGGCAUCGUGUGGUGAUCUGAUAGAUGAGCCCGCGGACGUUCAGUCAUCAGGCUCGGUCACCUCUGUGCCUUCCUGCCUGCCUAUUCUCUGGUUUGGAGAGCGAGGGAGAGAAAAAGAAAAGCAAGAGGGGAACAGCAGAGUGAGGUUGCGGUCUGUGUCCAGCAGCAGUUUGCCUCACCUCACCACGAGCAGAAGAGAUCAAAGCACUGGCUCUCUGGUGGGCUGCUCCAGCAUGGUGGGUCAUGUCUCUGAUCAUUCCCUCUCUGGAAACUCUCACACUUGCACUUUUUCUUCCUCUGAGACUCUGGACAAUUAUCCAUUCCCCAACAAUAACAACCAGUGGCAGAGCCGCCCCGUGUCAGAGUGGAAGAACCAGCAGGUGUGUCUGUGGUUAAUUGACAUGAACAUGGAUCGGUACACAUCACAGUUCGCUGCCAAAGGAGUGGAUGGAGCACAGCUGCUAAAUAUGGACAGUCAGAAACUCAAGGCUCUCGGUGUUUCCAGCCAAAGCGACCGAUCCGCCCUCAAGAAGAAGCUGAGGGAUAUGAGAAGAGAGGAGAAAGAACAGAAAAAGGAGGACAAGAAGCUAAAAGAAGGUGAAGAGAAAGUGAGGAGGCUGAGUGAGAAAUCCACGAAAGACGUCGGAAGCAGUUUCAAAACUGUAAGAACAGAGUCGCUCUUAUAAAACCGACAGAGGAACCACCAGCACUCGUUUUGUGCAGAUUUGCGCACACACUCAUUUCUGACUUAAACCUGGUACUAAAACUGCUAGAUGGGUUUUUAUCUUGAUAUCUGAAGGUACAGGCUGAUGGUUGAGAUCACUCUGAUCUUCUAGCACCAAAAAUCAAACCAUUUGUGUGUAUGUCAUUAGAUGUGUGUGAGAUUUAAUUGUCUGUUUUUGAUAGCUCUUAAUUUAUCCUUUGAAUGUUUUUAACGUAUGCUGAUGUUCACACUCAGGUAUUUGCUGUAAAUGCUUUAUGUGUUAAUAAAUCAUGUUUUAAACUUUGAA